GCGGGGAAGAGGAGGCAUGCAUUUUCUGGAGUGUGAUAAGUUACUCAAUAUCAUUGGGGGCAAUGGAUGAGAGUAGUAAUCGACAACUGGCCAGGAGGACGCCCAAUCAUGGCAGGAAGAGAGGCACGGCGUGUGAGCGUUGCAAUCGGCGAAGAACAAAGUGCGAUGGAUCUGUCACUGGGGUACCAUGCUCUGCUUGCAGGAAGAGUGGCCAUCAUGAGCAGUGUGCAUUGAUCCAGUCUAAACGCCGAAGAGGUCCCGAUGGACGAUACACGCUGUUGCCUGACAUCGAGUCGUGUAGCAGUUCAGGCAGUCCCAGCGUCGCCCCAAACAAUGAGGAUGAAUCCAUGGGGUUGGCCACUGAAGAUCCUCCGACAGAAGGAGAACAGAACAAUAGACCGGUGCAACAAUUGAGCGAUUCAACUAUCGCAAAGCCUUCUUCUGACCAGCAUGCGAGUCCUAAUGCUCAACCAAGCGUUGUUGGUGAAAGCUGGUAUGCCUCAUAUGUCAUGAGGGGUUACACACCUGGCCACAAUAGUGUUCAUCGCCCAAUCGGCGAGUGUAACGAAACGGUUCAGAGUGUAACCCGCGACACGAGAAGAGAGAGCUUCUGCAGUCGGCCAUCCUUGCCUCUCGAAAAGACGGGCCUCGCUGACCUUCCAUCACCGGACUUAGUAGACCGCCUCAUCAAGGUCUACUUCGACAGAUUUCACGCCUUUUGCCCGAUACUUGGGAAGAAGUACUUGCUUUCAUCUCUUGAUGACGGAGCCAUGUCUGGUACCCUACUCCGAAGUGUCCUCUUCGUUGCAUCGUUACACUGUAAUCCAGAGGUAUUGCAUCUCAUGGGCUACAGCACUCGAUGGGAUGCCAACAAUGCUCUGUACAACAAAGCGAGCGCAGCCUUCGACGCAGAUCGGGAAUCGAGUCGAACACAUAUGAUACUGUCGUCGUACCUGCUUCACUACUGGUUUGGAAGUCCAACGGCUUAUCGCGAUUGCCACUGGUGGCUUGCAGCUGCGAUACGGUCCGCGCAGUGUACAGGCUACCAUAGGAGUACAAAAAAUAGCAAGAUGUCGCCUGAGGAAAGGUCACGGUGGAAGUGUAUCUGGUGGUGCCUUUAUGUUCGGGAUCGUCAAAUCGCUAUCUCUACUGGUACGCCUAUGGUGAUCAACGACGAAGAUCAUGAUGUCGAAGAACUUAUCGAGGAAGACUUUCCGGAAGAAGCUCCAGAGACUGUCCAGUACAUCAUAUCGCAGGUUAAGUUGAGUAAAGCUAUGGCUCGAUUGUACUUCUCCCACUGCUCACCUUCCCGUCUGUCUCUCUGUAAGGAAGCUCAUGUUCUCCAUGAAGCCAUGAGAGAUAUCCAGUCGACACUGCAAGCCUGGUAUGAGUCGUCUCAGGGCUUGAACUUCUCCAACGGUAACCAUCAUCUAAGCUUAACACUGAAAGUUUGCUAUCAUUACUAUUUGAUCAACCUCAGCCAGAGGCUGCAAAGACAGUGCAACGCAUCCAAGGAGGUAAAGCCCGUGCUUGACGCGGCAGCACAAAUCUUCAGCCUCGUGGAGAACUCGUUGCUCUUUUGGACACCGGAGCACUUUCCCAUGAUAUAUGUCUCUGCUCUCUUCUCUGCGAUGAUGGCUCUUGCAGUUGAUGUCAAAACCUCAGCGCCCAAAAGUGAUCAGAUCUUUGUCAAGAUCCGGCCUGGAUUACUGGCUCUCAAACAGUUUGAGUCAGUCUAUAUCCUGGCGCGAUGGAUUAAGAACUUCUUCAUGGAUAUACUGAACCGUCCACCUCCUACAGACACGGAAGAAGCGCAGAGGCCGCCUACGAACUCAAAUGGCUACGACGUAGAUGGCGGGGGAACAGGCACAGAGAUGAGGACUAGCAGCACGGAUCAAGUCUACGACAUCCAGAGAAACACUGCAUCAGCUGGCCAAGCCACACAUGACGCGACAGGUUUUGAAGACUCCAAUUUUGCAUUUGACCAGAGUUCAGGAUUUGAGGGAGGCGGGUUUUGGCCGACAUACUUGGCAAACGGUGUCUUCUCGGGUGUUCAGUCAAGUGAUGACAUGGAGUUUCCGCACCCAGACUCAUUCCAGUAUCAAGCGAUGUACUUUCUGGCCGAUCUCGGAAUAGCAAGCACUGAGCCUAUGGAUUAACAAACGUGUUGUGAGACUUUAUUGUAAUCUUGGCGUAUCUAGUCUUCAUCUCUGGCUGGAACGCACAAACUCCAUAUUCUUGGCAUACUGUUAAGACUAGUUGGUGUCUUGAGCAAGUGCGGGGAUCUGAGGUUUACUAACCUAUGAUUUGCCAUAACAUGGGCUGAAGGGAUUUAGCUAGACCCAAUAGUCCGUUCUCCUACUCCAAAAAUGGAAAUUGGAUCCCCGGGAAUGGUAUUGUCCAUAGCCGAAUGCUCAUUGUCCACUUCUGCGAUCUGCAUUCCAUAGCCGAUGGCACCAUCCCCGGCUCAACUCGGAACCUCGGUGGGGAGUCAGAUGAGAGAUUGAAGUAGAGUAAAUAAGAGAAUCAAAAUGGAAAAGAUUCUAAUACACAAUUGCUAUUCAAAUUGAUUGCCUGUCUGUUAGUUAUACCCCUCGAUCAACUCUCUCUUUCUUAUUAAGACUUGCUGUGAUCUACCAAAGCUGUCAUGUGGGCUCUGGGCAGAUCGUUACGCCGGAUAGUACAUGUUGGGCGACGUCCAACGUCUUCUCG